UCUAGAUAAUUUAGUACGAAUUUGAUGCGCAAAUAAGCACGAUGUGGUAUCUAUUCGGGAUUGUGUUUGUAGUUGGUGGUGCUUUAUCCCUGCCUAUAAGUAGAGAUAGUAGAAAUGAUGACGUGGAUAUCCCCCUGGUUAUUUUAUCCAACCAAGGACCAGUGUCAGGAUCAGCAGCGGCUGACGGCGAGUACUUCGAAUUCCAUGGAAUUCCAUACGCUGAUUCCACAGCUGGCAGUCACAGAUUUAAGGCCCCGUCACCACCGCCUGUAUUUACAGAAACGUUUGUUGCUAACAGAAAAAAUAUAAAAUGUGUCCGACCUCUAGGAGUUGGAUUCGAAGGAACCGAAGAUUGUUUAGUUGCAGACGUUUACACCCCAACCCUCGACGCAGAGAGUAAACUUCCCGUCAUGGUAUGGAUAAAAGGCACAGAAUUGGACAGAGAUGACGAAAGAGAACUUUCAUUUAAAAAUUUCGUUACGAGAGACAUAGUUGUAGUAUCACUGAAUUUCCGAGAGUCAAUCCUAGGCUAUCUCUGCCUUGGAACAGAGACAGCGCCUGGAAAUGCUGGACUUAAGGACAUUAUUGCUGGCUUGAGAUGGGUUCAAGCCAAUAUUGAACAAUUUGGUGGAGAUCCUGAUGACGUCACCCUAUUAGGUCACGGAAGUGGUGCUGCAGCUGUCGAUUUAAUAACCUUGUCACCUAUGGCAGAUGGUUUGGUUCAUAAAGCAAUUUCCCAAAGCGGCAUCGCCCUCGCUCCAUGGGCAGUCAGUAGAGAUAAUAUGGAAUAUGCUGUGCAAGUAGCAGAAGCACUAGGUCAUACCAUUACUGCUGACAUAGAUUUGUCCGAAAUAUUUACUAGAGUCAGUGUGUCUGCCUUGAUGGGAGUGUUAAACAAACUAGAUUUAACUGAUAAUUCUCUUGCAUUUGCACCCUGCGUUGAAAGAGAAGAUUUGCCUGAUGAACCUUUCUUGGUAAAAACACCAUUUGAAAUUAUCUCUGAAGGAGAGUUUUUAGAUAUACCUUUCAUCACUGGUUUUGUGGAUAAAGAGGGUACAAUCAGAGCUAGAGAAAUUUCCAAUUCAAACUGGUUGGAAAGAAUGGAUGAAUCGUUUGAUGCUUUCUUACAGGCUGAUUUAACUUUUGAAAAUGACAACGAAAGAACCGAAGUUGCUGAAAAAAUUAAACAGCAUUACUUCGAAGAUCAGCCUAUUACUCAAAAUAUGGCUAUAAAUUAUCACGGAGACACUAUGAUCUUAGUUUCAGCAAUAAGAGAGACAUGGUUGCGUUCCAGUAAAGCAACUGCGCCAAUUUAUUUGUAUCAAUUUUCAUACAAAGGAACCCUAGGGGAACCUUUUGCUGGUCCCAUUGAAGUUGGCAGUGCUGCUCAUAGUGAAGAAUUAGCUUAUUUAUUUUACGAGUUACCACUGAUAUCGGAGACGAAUGAAAUUCCCGAAAUGGAUUUGAUGAUUGGAGACUUGAUGAUUGAACGCUGGACUAACUUUAUUAAGACUGGAAAUCCAACGAGCGAUGUUUCACCAGUUGUAUGGGAAUCAUUCAAAAAUGAUGCUCCACAUUAUCUGCACAUUCUUGACAGAGCGAAUGAAGAAGCAGAUAGUGCGUUAGAAUCAGACUUGCAGGACCCCCAUGCUGAACAAAGGGCUUUUUGGGAUGAAAUUUACGAAGAACACUUUUUAGAUGCGCAAAGUAAUUGGGAUGUACAGAUGAAAGAAGAAGAUGAUGAUGAUGACCUCGUAGAUUCUGCUAGCACACCAGCACCUGAUGAAGAAGAUGAUGAAGGUACCACGACCCCGGGUGGUGAGGAUGAUGAUGGUGAUGAAGACAGUGAAGAAGAUGACGAUAACUCGGCCUCCACUGUAGUUGGUUAUACAUUUAUGAUAAUUGCAGCAUUUGCUUUGUUAGACAAAUUCCAUACAUCGCAAUUACUCUUAUAAUUUAGCAGAGGGCAUAUUUCUUAGAUUAGUAUUCUAAGUAGAGUAUAAUUAUUUUUAUUUUUUCAAUAAAUGUGUGUAGUGCUAGUGUA